UGGCUAUACCUGGCCACAAUGGAGAAACGGCACAUCCCGGGGCGAGAGGCGGCAGCGGGCUGAGGGGCAGUAGUAGGUCGAGGGACGGCAACGGUCUGAGGGGGCGGCAGCUUGUGAGGGGCAGUAGUGAGUCGACGGACGGCAGCGGGGCGAGGAGCUGAGCAUCUUUGUGUCCAAAGAUCCUGUUUGGGGCAAAGAUAUAUGAUCUUUGGUUUGGGGCUGAGACUGGCGCGACGCAUGCCCAGCGUCGUCACAACGCGCGUAAUCGCCAGCGCACUGUUGACGUGUGAUGCGCUGGGCUGACGUCACGGCGACGACGUCUAUAUAAGCGUGGGCGCGGCGUGACUCGCCCUUUUCGGUCGGUGCUGCAGGGGCGCCGGGUGUGCGACUUUCUAUAACAAUGAGGCUCUACCGGUGCAUCAUUUCGGGAGAUGAGAUGUUCUCCGACAUCUACAAGAUCCGCGAGGACCCGAAGGGUAUGUUCUACGAGGUGGAGGGCAAGCUGGUUACCAGAACAGAAAAAGGGAUUGAUGACAAUUUAAUUGGAGGUAAUGCUUCCCAAGAAGCCCCAACUGAAUAUGCUUUGGAGUCAACUUGCAGUGGUGUGGACAUUGUGUUGAAUCAUCAUCUCAAGGAAGUUUCUUUCAACAAACAAACCUACAGAGUCUACAUAAAGAAUUACAUGAAAAUCCUGAAAGGAAAUGUUCAACGAGACAACCCAGAAGCACUGGUCGAAUUUACUGCGAAUGCUCAGGAAGUCGUUCAAGAGAUUGUGAAAAAAAUUGACGAGUAUCAGUUUUUUACAGGUGAGAGUAUGAACCCUGAUGCCAUGGUUGGACUACUAAAUUACCGCAGUGAUGAUACUCCAUAUAUGAUUUUCUUCAAAAAUGGUUUGAACGUUGAGAAAUGUUAAAUCUGCCUACAAUUCAUCAUGUUGAAUUCAUCAAAUCACAAUGACCUAAUGUUCAUAUUACCGGCAAUAAACUCUGAACUGGUAUCACUGAGCUGAUUCAUUAUUGGAAAUGAACAUUGUUUUACCUGUUGAGUUGUAAUAAAGUGCAUUAUUCCCCCUAAUGCUUGUCUGAUUUACCUUGAGAUAAAUUGCUUCUGGAAUUGAUUGAAUUGUUCCUAUUGUGGAAAUACCAGAUCUCUUUCAUUUGAGCCACAUCAGGUGCUGGUUAUUUAUUUAAUUUCCAGACUGCAUUGCAUGAUGCCCAUAUAAUGUGAAAUUCAUGGAUUUUGACAUUACAAGAACUAUGGGGCGAGGGUGUUUGGGGGGAGGGGGCACUAUGGGUCAAUGUAAUAAAAUAUGGGCUAGAUAAUGUAAGUACAAGUGCAAUUGUGCUUCAAUAAAUGUCUUGGUGUUGUUCAGUCACAGGUAGAUUCUGCACUGAUAAAUUUGUCCAUAAAUCUCUGAGCUAAAUAUAAUGGGCAACAUGUUUUCUGCUGAACUAAUUCAACUGUUCGGGCCUCUUUGUGUGACCAGGAAGCAUGUCUUUUUUUAAUUGUGCCAGUUCCUCUGGGCUGUAACUGACUCCUGUGUGCCGGUUCCACUGGGCUGGCUAUUCCUGCUAGACAUGGUUAAUUUGGGUUUCAUAGUACAGAAAUUGCCUGGUGUGCUGGUGGCACUUCUUAGCUGGCUAUUCCUGCUAGACAUGGUUAGUUUGGGUUUCACAGUACAGAAAUUGCCAGGUUUGCUGACUUUGUUUUAGGAUUUCCAUUAGUAGGGUAGGCUGCCAUUAGGCUAAAAUAGGUAGCAGCCUUUGUGAAGAGACAAUUGACUAAUAAGGUGAAGGUUAAUCCUUUAUAUAACUGGAGAGCUAGAAUUCUUGCUCUAGUUGACCACCUUGUGUUUUUGGCAUGCAAUCUUGUUGAAUACUCUUCACAAAAGCUGAUCUGUACCAGCUGGAAUGUAUUAUUACUAUCAUUGGGCUUUCCUAUUACACUAAAUCCAUCCAUUGCAUCUCAUUUUUUCUGGCAGUGUCAAUUAAGUGAUGUUCUGCCAUAGGCCAGUAUUGGAUAUGGUCUUGGUUGCUAUGCUGAAUUCUAUAGCUGCAUUAAUGAUCACAAUGCAUGUCUUCACUAAAUCUUGCUACUCCCCAUAAUGAAAAUUAUGCAUGCCAAACCACUAAGUUUUGCUAUUUUAAUUUUUGUAAUGUUGGCAAUUCUGAGAACUACAUCUUUUUGCAAAAAUAAAGAUCUUUGUAGCAUGA